AUGUCUUUUGUUAGCAGAACUCAUAUGCUCCAGCUGAGGUGUUUUUCUCGCUCGGCCGCUGCUUAUGCGAACAAGUUGAACAAAUACUCCUCCAUCGUUACUGAAGAUGUUUCUCAAGGUGCUUCCCAGGCCAUGUUGUAUGCUACUGGUUUCGAAGAUGAGGAUUUCCACAAGGGCCAGGUUGGUGUUGGAUCUGUGUGGUGGGGCGGUAACCCAUGUAACAUGCACUUGAUGGACCUUAAUCACCAGUGUACCGAGUCGGUGAACAAGGCUGGUCUUAAAGGUAUGCAAUUCAACUCCAUUGGUGUUUCUGACGGUAUCACCAACGGUACCGAAGGUAUGAAGUACUCGUUGCAAUCGCGUGAAAUCAUUGCUGACUCGUUUGAGACCAUGAUGAUGGCCCAGUUGUACGACGGUAACAUUGCCAUUCCUUCUUGUGAUAAGAACAUGCCUGGUGUGCUUAUGGCCAUGGGUAGACACAACAGACCUUCCAUUAUGGUUUACGGUGGUACAAUCAUGCCAGGUCAGCCUUCAUGCUCUUCUCCUCAGGUUGGUGAAAAGAUCGAUAUCAUUUCUGCUUUCCAGUCUUAUGGUCAGUACUUGUCUGACUUGAUCACUGACGAACAAAGAAAAGACGUGGUUCGUCACGCUUGUCCUGGUCCUGGUGCUUGUGGUGGUAUGUACACUGCCAACACCAUGGCUUCGGCUGCUGAAAUCUUGGGUAUGUCCUUGCCAUACUCUUCUUCUGCCCCAGCUGUUUCCAAGGAGAAGGCUGCAGAGUGUGAUAACAUCGGUCAAGCCAUUAAACACUUGAUGGAGAUCGACUUGAAGCCUCGUGAAAUCAUGACUAAGAAAUCUUUCGAAAACGCUAUCACUUACAUUAUCGCUACCGGUGGUUCCACCAACGCCGUCUUGCAUCUUAUCGCCAUUGCUUCCUCUGUGGGCGUGGAGAUCACUGUGGACGACUUCCAGAAACUUUCCGACAGCACUCCAUUGUUGGCUGACUUUAGACCUUCUGGUAAGUAUGUCAUGGCUGACUUGCAAGCCAGAGGCGGGACCCCGGCUGUGGCCAAGAUGUUGUUGGAGGAAGGUUUGCUUGAUGGUGACCAGAUGACUGUUACUGGUAAGACUCUUAAGGAGAACUUGAAGGACUUGCCAGGUUUGCCUGAAGGCCAAGAUAUUGUCAGACCAUUGUCGAACCCAUUGAAGCCAAGCGGUCACUUGCAGAUUCUCAAGGGUACUUUGGCCCCAGGUUCUGCUGUGGGUAAGAUUACUGGUAAGGAAGGUACCUAUUUCAAGGGUAAGGCUAGAGUUUUCGAUGCUGAGGACCUUUUCAUUACUGCCUUGCAAGCUGGUGAAAUCAAGAAGGGCGAAAAGACUGUCUGUGUGAUCAGAUACGAAGGUCCAAAGGGUGGUCCAGGUAUGCCAGAGAUGUUGAAGCCUUCUUCUGCUUUGAUGGGUUACGGUUUGGGCCAGGAUGUGGCUCUUUUGACAGACGGUAGAUUUUCUGGUGGUUCCCACGGUUUCUUGAUUGGUCACAUUGUGCCAGAGGCAGCUGUUGGUGGUCCUAUUGCCUUGGUCUAUGACGGUGACGAGAUCGUCAUUGACGCUGAAAACAACAGAAUCGACUUGUUGGUUGACGAGGAAGUUUUGGCCGAGAGAAGAAAGAAGUGGGUGGCUCCAGAGCCAAGAUACAAGAGAGGUACUUUGCGUAAGUACUCUCUUUUGGUGAGCGACGCUUCCAAGGGUUGUGUCACCGACUUGUAA